UCCUGUGAGCGCUUCGGAGAGACUGAAGAAGAAGAGGACGAUGAGAUGCGACCCAUGCCAGGAGGGGUUUGGAUGCGAGCUUGAUGAGGACUAGAGGACAGGGUCUGGGUCUUUUUAACCCCGCAGCUGCAGCAGCUUCCUCUCAGACCUUAUUCUGCUCCGGAGUGGAUAAAAGAGCACAGAUCCGCCGAACACCCGCAGAGGACGGUGUCGUGUUGAAAAGGUUUUACCGGUGCUCCUGUGGACCAACCAUGACCCUGAACAUCUCCGAGCUAGGCUGGGAUGAGUCCUCUGGUUUGGACCCUUUCUUUCCGCUGGACCAGCAGGAAAGCUCACCUUCACCUCAAGUCCCACCUCUCACCAUUUGGGGCGUGGCCCUUUGCAUUUCUGGAACUCUCAUCGCCACCGAGAAUGCCGUUGUCGUCACCACCAUCUUGGCCACCCCGUCGCUUAGGGCCCCGGUCUUCUUGCUGCUCGCCAGCCUCGGGCUGGCCGAUCUCCUGGCGGGCGUGGCGCUCAUCCUGCACUUCCUCUUCCGGUUCUGUAUGGAGCCCAGCGAUUGGUCAGAGCUGCUGACCUCAGGACUGCUGGUGACCUCUCUGACCGCCUCGCUCUGUAGCCUCAUGGGCGUUGCCCUGGACAGGUAUCUAUCUUUGAGCCACGCCCUCACCUAUGGCUCGGGUCAGUCACGCCGCUGGGCUGCCUCCCUCCUGCUGCUCGUCUGGUUGGCGGCCUUGGUUAUCGGUGCAGGACCGGUGAUGGGAUGGCACUGCCUCGAGGAGCCAAGUUCUUGUUCCGUAGCACGACCUUUGACCAGGACAUAUCUAUCGUUGCUGUGUGGGGGCUUUUUAGUGGUUGUUAUGGUAACCUUGCAACUCUAUGCUGGGAUCUGUCGCGUGGCAAGGCGACACGCCCACGCUAUAGCCACCCAGAGGCACUUCCUCCCCACCAGCCAGCCAUAUGCAAGCAAACACGGCAGCGGAAAGGGUUUCUCCCGGUUGAUCGUGGUCCUGAGCGUGUUUGUGGGCUGCUGGAUGCCUUUCUCCCUCUGGGGGCUGCUAGGCGACGCGUCCAGCCCCCCUCUAUAUACCUAUGCCACCUUGGUGCCAGCUGCAGGCAGCUCCCUGCUCAACCCCAUCCUCUACAGUCUGAGAAACAAAGACAUUCGCAAGGUGCUUCUCCUCGCCUGCUGCCCUCACAGAUGCUCGCACAACGCACAGACUCACCACCCAGUCGACGUGUAAACCGCCUUACCGCCCUGCUGUCAAAGCAACACGCAAUCCAUGCUAAACAUAUCAUGUGCCAAAACACAGACUCUGCACUCCCUCCAACACACGCGAGCAGCAUUUUUCAGAGAUGAAGCACUCCAAAACAAUCAGAAUGUACUGAACUGUCCUCACCGCCAGCCAAAUUGGGACUACGUGUACCGUCCGGUUUAUUCUUCGUGCCUCAGUCGACUGUAGCUCUGCUGGAUCCCCUCUAACUAAAGCAAUCACAGGGACGCUACAGGUUUUGGUGUAUUUGAGUGUCAGCACUUUAAGAGGAGAGGAAGCACUGGGUUUUUAACAGGAGGCCAAACAGAUGUGAUCAAAGCCCAGUUUUAUUUACUUGAAUUUCUGGAAAACAAAUGUAGAUCUGUGGGAUUAGAUUUUUGCACAUGUUGAUAAAAAGCACUUUGAAAAAGUA